CUCUCAUCUAGAUCUCCAGAAAUUCAGAGUUUACUCCUCUUUCUGACGUGUAAUUCGUACUGUAUUGCCUAUUCUUUAAAAUAAAUAUGGAUCGUGGGCUUCCGUCUCUUAUUGAGAGCUCUCGUGCAAUAUCUCAACCAUAUAAUGGAAAUUUUCGUGUUGACGACAAUGUCCUUGCCAAAUUCCCAGACGGAACAACAGUCCUGUCUGCGGACAGCUUUGGUACUUCUGCGUGGACGGUGACAGCCCGGCUACAUCUUAAACUGCCAGAUGGUUCUGAGGAAAGAUACUUCCUCAAGUCAGCUCCAGAGGAUCAUGGUCGGACUCUUAUGGAGGGAGAGUUUAACGCGAUGUCUGAGAUUUACAAAUGGGCACCGGAUCUGGUCCCAAAACCACAUAGUUGGGGGGAAUACGCGCUCAAAAAGCCCGAAGCUUACUUUUUCUUAUCUCAAUAUAUUGACAUGAACGAUAUGAUGCCAGAUCCAAACCAGCUGUGUACGAAGCUUGCUCGUCUUCACCGAGAGAGUCAAUCUCCGACCGGCCAAUUCGGCUUUCAUAUUACUACUUGCCAAGGUCGUAUCCCACAGUCGCUAACUUGGGAGUCAAAUUGGACCGUAUUCUUCACUCAACUUCUUAAACACGUGAUCGACAUGGAUUUCGAGUACAAUGGAUAUUGGGAGGAGCUGGAUCGAGUAGAAAAGCAAUUAAUUGCACAUGUUAUCCCUCGACUCCUAGAUGCUUUGGUAAAGGACGGCAGGAAGAUUAAGCCUAGCCUCAUCCAUGGAGAUCUAUGGGAGGGUAACAGUGGUACCUCUUUCGAGGAUAAUAAUAUCUACAUCUUCGACGCCGCCGCGUUUUAUGCCCAUCAUGAGAUGGAGGUGGGAGACUGGCGCUGCUAUUAUAACAAAAUCAGCAAUAGAGUAUACACUAGAACAUAUCUUCGGCAUCGUGGCCCAAGUGAGCCAAAAGAUGAAUGGGAAGACCGAAAUCGUCUGUAUAGCAUUUAUUUCAACACAAUCUACUCAGUCAAUCAUCUUGGCACAGGCAAGGCUGUGCGUCAACUAGCUUAUCAAGAUAUGUAUUAUCUCAUUGACAAAUAUGCCCCGUUUCCUGAGGGUGAAGGGCCACCGAAGCUGGAUAAGUCAGAAAUGGUCUCACUGUCUGCUGAGCGAGACCACACGGCGAAUUAGCGACUGAAGAUCAACGCUUAAACAUCAAUGAGUUCACUGUUGGAAACAUCGAUGUGAUAUAUAGUUGGCUGGAAGAACGGUAGCGGAGGCACGAACACAUUAUGAAAGGAUGGUGACAAACUGUCAGUUUGCUAUAACCAUACUUUUAUGUGCUACAUGCAAACGAAUAAGAAGAAGAAGAGUCUGGGUUUAAUGAUUUACCAAGAAUCCUCUUUGCUUGUUGAGGCAUGAUAUAAGUCAAUCUAUUACCAUGAACCAUUACAUACGACCAUAGGUAGUGGAGAAUUCGGGGUCCCGUCUGCUCCCCCAUAGACAAGCCACUAACCGGCAGAUUAGUAGUUGAGUGGGUGACCAUCAGCGAACACCGGCU